UUUUUUCCCUAAAUCGCUACGUGACUGCUUGGACUUGCUGUCAGGUGCUGAUCAGCUCAGGCGCACCAAAUUUGACAACUUCUUAGCCGAAUUUUGAGUGGCCCGCUUUUUCCUCUGCUGUCGCCUUCGCAUCCUCUCAAAAUGUCAGAAGUGGAGCUCUCGAACGGCGCAUCGGAUGAUGAUUGUUUAUUGCAAAAUGGCGCAGCCGAAGCUGCGGAAGAGCAACUCGAUGACGAAACAGCUGCGCUCCUGAAGGAGCUAGAGGCCUCACAGCUCGAGGUGCAGCGCAUGAUUGAAGCGCAACGUGAGCAGGCAUCGGAGUUAGGUGGCAUGAAGGAGCAUCUCGCUUCCGAGCUCCAGCAGCUUCAAGAUGAUGCAUGGAAGCUACAGGUGUUUGCGGAGCUGGAGAUGCUCAAGCGACAGCUGGCGGCAAUCAACAACCUGGAUGCCGACCUGGAUGCAAUGGAGGCGCGUCUGGAAGAGGGCGGCGAGGAGGCGGUUAACGACGAGUUCGAGAAGGAGCUUGAAGCCGCCCGCGCCGAAACCCUAGACAUGCUGUCGCGCAUGGACGUCCCCACCACCAGCGGCGCUGGCAAGGCAGGCCGGUCGGGUGGCGACGCGUCCACGACCGGGGCUUCAUCAUCAGCUGCUGCUGCCGGCGUGACUGCUGCUGGAGGGGAAGAUGAGGGCGAGGCGGGUGGCGAGGAUGCGGGCGGCAGCAGCGGUGACGGGGAGGACGUUGAGGCGCUGCAGGAUGAGUUGGAUGCCGAGCUUGCGGCGAUGUACAAGCAGCUGCAGGCCAUCAAGACUGAGUCGGCGCUGGUGUCGGCACGCAAGGCCCAGUUGGAGCUGGAGCUCAUGCAGCUCAUACGGGAGGGCGCAGAUGACCUGUCGUCGCAGCUUAAAGAGCUGAAUAUGGAGGAGGAGGGGGGUGAGGAGGAGGAAGAAGAUGCGAAGGGAGAGGAAGAGAAGGGGACGGCGGGAGAGGAAGGGGCUCCUCCUGCGGCAGAGGAUGUCGCCGCGACGACUGCAUAACGUGCAUGCCAUUUGUAUUAGUGGGUUGCGACAGCCGUUGUUGCUGCUUUUGGGGAUGAAUGCACGCGUGGCGACAUUGUACGUUUUGCUCCAGCAUGUGGGUCUGAAGACUGUAUGUGUGGUGAUUUAACUCCACUUCUCGAUGCAUCUUGACUUCAAGUUCCGGUUCAUAAAGAUCUAGUAGGACCACCGGCAGCGAGCGUAGUGACUGCACUUGUUCGGACGGUGCUAAGGACGGGCCACCUCGGCGGGAUGCCUGGGUCCGGUAGCCAACAUCCUGUUUGCUUGCAUUGCUGCGGUGUCGGUACUGUCUCGCGCGGAAAUGCCCGUGUGGCUUGUAUUUGAGUAUUCAUACACACAUACGACAUGCGUGCAAUAUGCGCUUACAUGAACGUCUACAGCUUAUAUAUGCAGAGUCUAUAGGUUAGCCAGGUCAGGCAUGCCAGUUAGCCAGGUUAUAUAUGCAGAGUCUAUAGGUUAGCCAGGUCAGGCUAGCAGUUUACGGCAGGCGGGUAACAUGUACACGUGCCUCAGGUCUCAGAAUACUUGACCAUGUAAGGACAUAUGGCCGUGCUCUGGACGGCCCGUGAUU